AUGGGUAAAGGGAGGAGAAGAUGGCAGACAUGGGUAUGCAAAUUUUCCCCUCCAAUUCGUCUUCAUCAUCUGAAUUGGCACUGGAUUUUUUGGGCCGUGGCUGGGUUGGUGGGUUUUGGGAGAUGGCUGGGUGGUUCUUUGGGCGGCGACGGGAGAGUGGUGGCUGAGAGGUGGGGUUGA